AUGGCUGCUCCUGAAAAGAGAGCAAUCAGAGGAUCACGGAAAGCCAGAUUUGGACUUAAGGGAAAUGAGGUCAGUACGAAGGCCCCAGGGGAUGCACAGUGGGGUGAGACAAGAGAACAAGACCCAAGCCAGCUGGACAUGUUGAAGAAAGCUCAGGAGUUCUUCCAGACCUGUGACACAGAGGGCAAAGGCUUUAUUGCCAGGAAGGACAUGCAGCGGCUUCACAAUGAAUUACCUCUCAGCUUGGAGGAUCUGGAGGAUGUGUUUGAUACCCUGGAUGCUGAUGGAAAUGGCUUCCUGACGCCAGAGGAGUUCACCUGUGGAUUUAGUCAUUUCUUUUUUAGCCAAAAUAACUCUAAGUCUGAUGAAGAGGGGGCCCAGCCCCAGGAGGAGAAAGUCUAUCAGUCCAGGUGGGAAGAGGUGAUUGACAACAGAGAUGAAAAUGAGGAGGACCAAUUCCACAUGCUAAUGGAUAAACUCGGAGCCCAGAAGGUUUUACAAGAUGAAAGUGAUAUUAAGCAACUUUGGGUGCAACUGAAGAAAGAUGAGCCUCACUUGCUGUCCAACUUUGAAGAGUUUCUCUCCAGAAUAUUCUUCCAGCUCCAAGAAGCCCAUAAGGAAAAGGAUGAACUGGAGUGUGCUCUGAAAAAGAAAAUUGCUACAUACGAUGAAGAAGUUCAGAAUCUCUAUGAGGAAAUGGAGCAGCAGAUAAAAAAUGAGAAGGAACAGUUUCUACUAAAGGAUAUGAAGAGAUUUCAGUGCCAGAGUCAAGAGCUGGAACAAAAAUUGGUAUCAAAGGAGCAGGAGCUGGAGCAACUUGUCCAGAAGCAGAAACGGCUGGAAGGUCAGUGUAUGGCCCUCAACAACGACAAACAUGAAACCAAAGCAGAGAACACUAAGCUUAAGCUCACCAACCAGGAGCUGGCCAAGGAACUGGAAAGGACCUCAAGUGAGCUCCAGCAUGCCCAGCUGCAGCUAGAGAGCCUUCAGAAAGAGGCCUGCAAGCUGCAAGAGGAGAAGGAGAUGGAAGUAUACCGUGUGACGGAAAGUUUGCAGAGGGAAAAGUCAGGACUUUUGAAGCAGCUGGAUUUCCUGAGGGAAAGGAACAAGCACCUACGGGAUGAACGGGACAUUUGUUUGCAGAAUGAUAAAGCAGCAACUACAUCAAAAGCCAGCAGAAAGCAAAGAUCCGGCUCUAUCAUAGGAAAAUAUGUGGAUGGAAAAGGUCCCCUUAGAUGCCAGUCAAUUGAAGAGGAAGAUGUGUUCAGUAUACCAAGAAGGAGAAGCUCCGUUGGCCUGAAUGGAAUCACAGAUGGUGACCCUGGAACCAGUGGGCCAUCUCUUCGGACUCUGAGGAGGAUUAUCUCCAUUGAGGAAGAUCCCCUGCCUCAGCUCUUAGAUGGGCACUCUGAGAGACAACUGAGUAGGUGUCCAGAGUCAGAAGAGAGCACUAGGCAGCACCAAGAGGAAACGAACCAACAAGCACCAUCCUUGGAAUCCACAUUGGCAUCUCCUCGAGAGCAACCAGUAGGAAAAGAAACAGUGGUCCAUGAGGAGAGCGCUGCCACCUCCCCAGAUCGACUUUUCAAGAUUGUGUUUGUGGGCAAUUCUAGCGUGGGGAAGACGUCUUUUCUGAGAAGGUUUUGUGAAGACCGAUUUUGCCCAGGCACCGCAGCCACAGUUGGGUUAGACUACCAUGUGAAGACAGUGAGAGUGGACAAAUCCCAGGUAGCUUUGCAGCUGUGGGACACAGCUGGGCAAGAGAGGUAUCGCUGCAUCACCCAGCAGUUCUUCCGCAAGGCAGAUGGUGUCAUCGUGAUGUACGACAUCACAGCCAAGCAGACAUUCAUGUCCAUCCGGCAGUGGCUGACAAGUGUUGAGGAAGCUGUGGGAGAGAACAUUCCCAUCCUCCUUCUGGGAAAUAAAGUUGACAAUGAAAAAGAAAGAGAAGUCCCCCAGGGACAUGGAGAACGGCUUGCUAAGGAUAAUGAUUUGAUCUUCUAUGAAUGCAGUGCGUAUUCAGGCCAUAAUGUCAAGGAAUCUCUACUUCACCUUGCCAGGAUCCUCAAGGAACAAGAAGACACUGUAAGAGAGAAUAUUGUCCAGGUCCACCUUCAAUCCAAGAAAAAGGCCUGCUGUGGCCAGCAGUAGAGAACCGAAACUGUACUUGGAGAUCCCGUAUCAGAUCCUGAGAGCAAGUUCUUUGCUGAAACUACCAGCCAAGAUGUACCCAGAGCUUGAUUCAUUUUUAUGACUUCUUCCUUUUUGUAACAGCCUAACCUAGAGGAAGCUAUUGUUAGACCCAAAGGGUCCAUUUUCCCCUCUCCUCUUCCUCAACCUCACAUGUCCAUUUUUAAAAACUGGUUUCCUAUGAUGAGAAAGUGAGAAGGACUGGGGAGAGGAAAUAUAGGUCUGACAAAGGUCACUGUGUGCCUUUCUACACAUCUACUUUUCUUCCCCAAUCCAGGAUAUCCUCAAAAUAAUAAUGACCCAGGCAACUUUUAUAGAUUUGCUGCUUUUUGAACAGCAAUUUGAGCAUUCCUCAGGGACUACAUCAGGAGAUUGAACUUUCUCUGUACGCACUUCCUAGGCCUUGAUUUUAUUUAUUUAUGUUAAAGUUACUUAAUUCAACAAACAUUUCUUAUGAAAAUACCAAGACCAGAGCUACUCAUAUUCUCAUUCUAAAUUUCUCCAGGAUACCCUGACUAACAAAAGGCCGUGGGACUGAGCUUCAGUUACUUAUCUAUAAAAAGAGAAGGUUGGAUUGGAUGAUACCUCAAGGCCCCUUCAAAUCCUUGUGCAGCAGAGGUUCAUAAUAAGCCAAAUCUCCAUUCCAUUUGCACUAGUCCAGCCAUGACCCAAGCUGAGCAACAUCUGGAUUAACUAUUACUUUAGGGCCAGUGAUUCUACUCAUUCUAUUGGUCACCUUCAGUUUCCUUGGAAGUGUGCUUUACAAAGGACCCAUGGCCUCUCCACCAAGCCUAUAGAUCCCCCCACUCACACUAAAACUGGGGCAAUUGUACUACAUCAGGUGUUAUAAAAGUGAGCUUAUUGGAACACAUUAUAGAUGAAAGAGAUAAAAAAGGAAGAGACAGAGACAGAGAGGGAGAGAAUGAAAGAGAUAUAAGAAGAAAGAGA